AUGCUGGAGCAGUUGAAGGCCAAGUCGACGCAGGCGGCGGCGAUGGCGCUGGACACGGCCGGAUCGCUCAAGGACAAGGGGUCAGCGGCGCUGCAGGCCAAAGCAGGCGCGCUGAACAUCAAGGUGCCGGCGGUGGUGAAGCCCUCGGGCUCGUCCUCGUCGCUGUCAAGCGGCGCUGACACGGCCAAUGAGAGCGACUUGGAGGGAGGCAAAUCGCCCGGCAACGCCAACCAGGAGAAGGAGGGGCUGCUGAACGAGCUGGGGCAGGAGUGCGGUCUCACCAAGCGCCAGCGGCUCUACGGGGCCAUCGGCUGCUACCUGUUCGGCGCCCUCUGCGGCUUCCUGUCGACGUUGAUGAUGUGGGGAGGCCCCAAGCACCUCAAGCAGUUCGCCUUCUUCUACACGCUGGGCAGCCUCUGCAGCAUCGGCAGCUCGCUGUUUCUAAUUGGCCCCAUGAGGCAGCUCAAGGUCAUGUGCAUGCCCGUGCGGCGCGUGGCCUGUUGCAUCUGGAUGGGUGCCAUGGUCACGACGCUCAUCAUUGCAUUCGGCUUCCCGAAGGCCGGGCCGCUUGUGCUGCUGCUUGUGAUUAUUCAAUACGCGGCGAUGCUGUGGUACGGCGCAUCCUUCAUCCCGUACGGCCGAGCCAUCCUACGGAAGGGCUGCUCGAAGGCGGCCAGCUACGUCUCCAGCUAA